CCCACAACCCAUAACUGCAUAAAGGCAAGUAAUAUCUCCAAGAAAUCUUCAACCGCCUCCCUCCGCCGUCUUCCUCCGCCGCUUCUCUCGUCUCCAAGCGGUGGCUCCGUCUCUGCCUCUCCUCCAAAACCUCCCUCUGUCUCCGCUUCUCCCCUCACGCUCUCACACUCGCCUCUCUCCUCCUCCCUCUCUCACUACCCUUAUCUCUCUUUACUCUCUCUCACCGCUGCCGCCGGCGACGACGCCUCCGCUUUGUUCGAUCACCUCCUUCUCUCCGUCGCCUCUUCUUGCCCCAAUUCCAACACCUCCGCUUCCUCAGUAUCUUUCUUCUCUCUACUUUCUCUCUCUGUCUCUUGCCCCAAUCUCACUUCUCUCAAUAUAUCCCUCUCCAGACCUCUUUCUUUCCACUGGAUCACCUCGUUUCUCUCUCUAAAAGACCUCACUGUUUUUUUCACAGGCAAUGAAUUGAAUUCCGAUGAAUUCGAUUCUCAAGAAGAACAUAGCCAAAUUCAACUUUUCACUGCCAUUGGAGUCUCUCGAAUUGGCUUUGGAGGAGCUGCAAGAAGAUUAAGAGGCUGCAAUUACGGAGCUGUGAAGCAAAGAGGGCUUGCUUCAAUUCAUAAGUACAAGCAGGUUGUAAUAUGCAAAAACUUGAUUUAAGAUUACCUUUUGAUCUUGAUAACAAUCACUUGCUCGCUGUGGCUUCCAAGUUUAGGGGAUUGUCCUGUCUUAGGCUGCAGAGUUGUUGUCUUGUUACUGGUGAAGGACUGAAGAGUCUAGGUUGAGCUGUGAGUAAUGGCCUUGAAGAAUUGGCUUUGAUAAACUGUGAUGUGGUCGAAAAGAGAACCGGGGUUGCUGACCACAUUAGGGCAGAAUUGGAGGGGGUUGAGGAAAUUGGACCUGUCUCAUAAUGAGAUGCUGCUCGAUAAAGAGCUGAUUUCGAUGUUGGUUUCGUGUACUUGUUUGGGUGAAUUGAAGGCGAGAGGGUGUAAAAGGUUGACUAAUGUGGCCAUGGUUUCAAUCUUGAAGAGUUGUAAGUUUCUGGAGAGGGUUGAUGUAAUGCCCUGUAGUGGGAUUGAGGUGAAUGCCGUUGAGUUAUUUAUUUUGAACUCUCCGCAAUUGAGAUGGAUACAAGUUGAGGAAAGCAAGCUUUCAGAUGUUGCAAGGAUGCGGGCAUCCAAUAAGAUAAUCGUAACCUUGAUGAUACGGUGAUGGACGAAAUGAAGAAUCAGCUAUUCAUGUAAUUUAUUGUUUUAAUUGAAACAGGUAUAUAUCUUGUACCUUUUUAUGGGUUGAUUGUAAAUGUUGCGUAUGUUGUGACAUAAAAAUGUUCACAUGAUGUUUGUUAUUACAAUAAUUUGUACUGCUUAAGUUCAAAAUAAUUUAUUUUCCUUCUCUGCUAUAAGUUUUACAGAGAACAUUUCUGUAUCC